UUGUGUAUAGUUUGAUUCACCAGGCUUGAAUCCUCUUUGAAUCUGACACCAAACUGACCAGAGGAAGUUUAAAUAUCUUUAUGCACGACAGCACUGCAGCAACACAGAAUACAAGACAUCUUUGAGGUUUCUCCUGUGUGUGUACGUGGACGUGCAACAGUUGUGUUACAUAAUUCAGCGACGCACGUUCUUCUUUUUGCUGCAUUGAGGAUAUAAGUGAAUUGAGCCCCCUCCUCUGAGAGAUGAAUGUGUGUCGAUACAUAUCUGAGCAGAUGGACGAGAGGCUGUAAGCUGCUUAAACCUACACUGACUCAGGACAUAUGCAAUGUGUCAGUUCCUUAAGAAAGAGAGGAGCUGUGAUCAACGUUUCUUUGGUAUAAAAGAUGUGAGCGACUGAGGAUCAACCAGCCGGAAGAUGCCACUUUAAAGUGUUUUUUUUCUACUCGUUACAGCAGGAAGUGGGAUUCAGUUAAGAAGUAAAACAAAGUGAAAAGCGUCAGCAGGAUGGAGAAAUGUUUCCCACCACAAAGGAGGAGUUUUAACCUCCACAUCUGGCAGUCAGUGUUUCAUGAAAACACAGCGAUGAGUUACCAGCUUGGUUUUAGAUGUAACACUGUUUAAACAACCUAAUAAACCAAAUGACAUUUUCUGACAUUUAAAGGAGACAUGAAAUCUUUCUGGUGGCCAGACUCCACAUCCCAGCCCUCGUGAGUUUUCUAAUUCGCAGCAGCUAUUCCCCAAAAACGUCCGUCGUUUGAUCAUCUACAGCCUCUCUGCAGCCGUGAUCGGUGCAGGACUAAUAGCAGGUCUAUUCCUGAUCUAAUCCAAUCUCAUCCCCACUUCCGGUCUCCUCGGCAGUCCUCAUGGUGCAGUCCAUGGAAGAAGUACCCCGCUCAAAAUGAGAGGACUAAUAUUCUGUGUUUUUGCCAUCAUGAUGCUCUCACCUGCUCAAGGUGCGGAGGAGGAGCAGCUAGAGCAGCUCAUGGAGUCAGUGGGAUUUGAGGAAGAAGAGGAGUUACUGGAGUGUUUCCGUUGCGACUUGGGCUUCUGGGAUGCCUGCUAUACCACCGAAACCAACUGUAGCGUCGGGGAGCGCUGCUACACGGGCCGAGGGAAGGCAGCUGAUACUCUGGACGUUAAGACUCUGGGUUGUGUAAGGGCAGACGAGUGCGACGUGGAGACCACGGUGGAGCUCUUCUCUAACAACACCAUCUUCGUAAUGACCAAACACUGCUGCGACACUCCCUUCUGCAACUCGGUGCACAAACUUCCAAUCACCACACUUUUCUCCCUCACUGUGGCUGUGCUAACUACCUGGCAGCUCACUGAAGCCUCAACGGGAUCACAAUAAACCACCUGCGUUUAUUUAUGUUGUCGAACA